AUGCAUUUCGAUCAUAGGUUGCGGCCCGAUCGCUACGCUGACGAGCAUCUGUCCGACGACGAGCUGCAGAAACCCCUUGGUACUCGUUCAGACCACCGAUCAAGGCCGGCAAGUAAACAGGAAUUCUGCGAGAAAGAAGAAUCGCGAUCAACGCGAGACAUGGGAAUAGACGUCUCGGUCAACGGUGUGGGGAAAUGGGUUGAGGUGCCUAACGGAGAGAUAAAUGUCGCCGAUAUCGACUGUAUCAUCAUCUCACAGCAGCUGGCUCUCGACUUGGUGCGUUCACCCCAACAAUACGAGGAGAAGCUCAAACCUCUCGAGCGACCUCACACAGUGAACAUCGACGGCGGUAUGGUGCAGUGUCAUGGCAAACUCAGAGCAGUCUGGCGUUGGGUGGGUGGGCCGUACUCGCACGAGGCCGAUCUUUUCGUUACUUCUGAGCUCAACGGUCGAUGUAAAUUUUUGCUGCCACCAUUACAGGAGAGGUCGUCAGAGGUGAUUCCAUCGCUAAAGCCUCUUUACAGCGUUGUGCUGACUGAUGAAGAGGUGAAACGACAGAAGGAGCACAACGACCAGGCGAACACCGCUCACCACGACGUUGUGGAGGCGUCGAGCAAACGCAAGUCCGAAAAGUUCGCAGCGCUGAUCAAGGGCAAUGAAAACACUCAAGGCCAGCAACAUCAAGGCCAGUCUUCCUCUGCGCAAAGCGUUGGCACAACAACAUGA